AUGUAUGGCGGGGGGCGACGUCGCGCUGGUAUUAAAGGCGAUAGGAACAAACGCAAAACCGAUAGCAGGAAUCCAGCAAAUGAAAUGACCGACACAAAAAUGGAAGAGGCCGCGGCGCCGUCUUGCUCUACUACCGGCGAAACUGCAGCCCAAGGACCCACAACAUUGAAAUUGAUCCAGAACGACAACGAUGAUGAAAAUAUACAAGAGGUCUGCGAAGUAGACAACACCGACCCGCAGCAGCAAUUGUGCAGUUACGUCGCUGG